AUGGAGGGUAUACUUUAUAAAUGGACGAAUUAUUAUAAUGGAUGGCAACCUCGGUAUUUUGUAUUAGAUGAAACAGGUGUUCUUUCAUAUUAUAAAUCAAGUGAAUUGAUUCAUGAAGGAUGUAAAGGUUCAUGUUUAGUACUUGCCUGUGAAGUGAAAGUUCCUCCACAUGAUCCAUUUCGUUUUGAUUUAAUUAUUCCUGGCGAACAAUUUUUUUGUUUAAAAGCUAAAUCACAACCUGAACGACAACGUUGGCUUGUUGCUUUAGGAACACAUAAAUCAAGAGGAACAAAAUCUACAACAUCAAUUCCAAUUAAUAAUAAUAACAAUAAUAAUAAUAAUACAUCAUCAACAUUAGCUACACAUUUAUCAGCAAUUGAUCAAGAAAUAAAACUAAAAGUACAAGAAUUACGUCUCUAUGAAACAGUUCUUACACAACGUGUUCAUGCUAUUAAAUCUAUAGCAAAUGAUACACCAAUACCUGAUGUUACAAAAUUAGAUGAAUCAUCAUCAAUGUUAAAUAUAACAUGUGAUGCAUUCAUUCAUACACUUGACGAAUGUGUUAAAUUAGCGACUGGUGAUUCAUCUCAAUCUUUACUUUUACUUUCUCCAUCUCCACGAAAACUUUCAAAUAGAAUCUCAACUAAUCGACAGUCAUUUACUGAACAUGAACCAACUAAAUCUGUAAAUUCAAUAGCAACAACAAUUUUACCAAAACAAAUUAUUUAUAAAACAUUUUUUUCUCAAAUUCCUAAUACAUUCGCACAAUUAAGUUGUUUAGCAUUUCAUGAAAUACAUUCUGAACUUUUUCUUUCUAUCUGUGAACAAUAUCUUACUCUUAUUGAUAAAUUUAAUAGUACAACAUUUACUCCAUUACGUGCAGAUGCUAAUGGUAAUAUUAGUAAAUUAAGAAGAAAAAUAAGUAAUGAUCCGAGUAAAUAUCAAACUUUAUAUUCAAUUGUUAAUGAUGAAAUAAUAUCAAAAACAAUAAAAGAAAAAAAUUCCGCAACUGAUUCACUUCUUUGGCUUAAAAGUGUACUAUGUAUUCUAUCUAUGAGAAAAAAAUAUGAACUUGAACGGAUAUUAUCACUUGAAAGAAUUCUCUUAUUAAAUAAAAUAACUAUUCGAUUACAUCAUAUUGAAAUAUAA